AAUCACAACGGCGGCGACGCGCAUCGGAGCACUUACAUAAAAAUCCUCCGGGGACUUUCUCGACUCUUUAAACGCGUGAAAGUCGCGUUUAUUUGCGGCGAACCGGACUGGGAACGCCCGAAGCUGGGGAAUAUGAAAAGUUGUGGUAGUUUAUUGAAGUUUUUCGUCGCUAAAGUCGACAGUUGAGGUAGUUUUUCCUCGCAGGUAAGUCGCGAGCGAGACGUUAAGCAGCCGACUACCGAGGACUACCGAGGACUACCGAGAGGAUUUCUAACCUUCUUCGGCGUUACCGGUCGGUUUUUUGGGGGCAUGCGAGUCCUCCGAACACGUCUGGACCUGUUAACGUGUUCGUAAAAGCCGGGAUAAAGCCGCUUUCCCCCCCCUCCUGUGAGUUUGUCUGCCACCAUGCUGCCGAAUACGGCGCUAUACGCGGUGAAGAAACGGAAGAAGCCGGUCCAGAAAAUCCCCAAACCUCCACCUCCCGAUGGCGCCAAGUCCAACCCCUCCAAACGCCACCGCGACCGUCUCAACGGCGAGCUGGACAAGCUCACCAGCCUGCUGCCCUUCAGCGAGGAGGUCAGGGCCCGGCUGGACAAGCUGUCCGUCCUCCGCCUCAGCGUCGGCUACCUGAAGGUCAAGAGCUUCUUCAACGCCACCAUGAAGGCCAGCAAGAACAACUCCAGCUGGACCAGCGAGCGCAGCAUCCUGUUCGGAGGAAACGCUCUGACUCCCUCCUCCUCCUCCUCCUCCUCCACCUCCACCUCCGCCUCCGCCGCUGCCUCCGCGACCCCCUUCUCGCCCUCCAACCACGUGGUGACCUCCGUCGACGGUGUCAGCUUCUCCGAGGGCGACUUGCUGCUGCAGGCGCUCAACGGCUUCGUGUUGGUGGUGACGGCCGAGGGCUACGUCUUCUACACGUCCCCGACCAUCCAGGACUUCCUUGGAUUCCAUCAGUCGGACGUCGUCCACCAGAGCGUCUUCGAGCUGAUCCACACAGACGACCGAGCUCUUUUCAGGCGGCAGCUGCACUUCUCUCUCAACCCGAACUACGACGGCAGCGCCAGUCCAAGUGAGCAGAACAGCGCUGAUAUCAGCACCAACGUGGUGAACUACGACCCGCAGGCGAUCCCUCCAGAAAACUCGUCCUUCCUGGAGAGAAACUUCUGCUGCCGUUUCCGCUGCCUGCUCGACAACUCCUCCGGCUUCCUGGCCCUGAACUUCCACGGCCGGCUGAAGUUCCUCCACGGUCAGAACCGGGUGUCGGAGGACGGGACUCUGGUGCCCCCACAGCUGGCUCUGUUCGCCAUCGCCACGCCGCUACAGUCGCCGUCCAUCCUGGAGAUCCGCACCAAGACGCUCAUCUUCCAGACCAAACACAAGCUGGACUUCACGCCCAUGGGCAUCGACACCAGGGGGAAGGUCGUCCUGGGUUACAGUGAAGCGGAGCUCUGCAUGAAAGGCUCCGGCUACCACUUCAUCCACGCUGCUGACAUGAUGUACUGUGCUGAAAACCACAUCAGAAUGAUAAAAACCGGUGACAGCGGAUUCACCGUCUUCAGGCUGCUCACCAAAAACCGGACGUGGGUCUGGGUCCAGGCCAACGCCAGGCUGGUCUUCAAAGGAGGGAAGCCGGACUUCAUCGUGGCGCGGCAGAGAGCUCUGACAAACGAAGAAGGAGAAGAGCAGCUUCGUCUCAGGCGUCUGCAGCUGCCGUUCAACUUCACCACCGGAGAGGCUCUGCUGUACGACACGACCCCGACCGUCGACGUCCCCGACCCGUGCUCCGCCCCCAAGCAGAGGAAGGUGGAGGGCUACUCGGACGACUCCGUCAGCCGCGACUCCAUCCUGGGCUGCAUGCUGAGCCAGGACCAGUCCAUCUACUGUGAACACAACACCUUCAGCUCGCUCAACGACGUCGCCUUCAAGGACACGCACGCCACCGUCAACGUCCCCGUAGAGCCCACGCCCAAGCCGGCCAUCGGAGGCCUGAUGAAGACGGAGGCCACGGUCCAGGACAUGAUGGAGACCCUGCAGGAGAUCCUGGGGGACAGCGACCUCGUCGAGACCCUGGACGUGGGGCCUGACGAGCUGAAGAGCUGGGAGACCACCCUCCUGAAGAUGAACUUCAACAGCAGCGAGUUCAGCGACGACCUCAACGACAUCAUCAACAACGACAUCCUGAUGUACGUGGAGGAGCAGCUGCAGAAGGAGGGCGGCCUCCAGCUGCCCGAUCAGCUGGAUGCCGCCCCCCCCUGCCUCUCGCCUUUGGACCUCCAGGCCCAGGAUCUGGACCGAGGAGGGGAGCAGAACUUCAGCUGGUCCCUGGAGCCACAGAACCAGGUGAUACCCAACGGAGGAACCAUGAGACUGAGCCACACGGGCUUUAACCCUCAGUUAAACUCCUCCGGGUUGAACGGUCCCAGCCCGGUGACCUUUAACCCCUCCCUGUCAGACUCUUGUCCUCAAGCACAGAAUCAGCUGAGAGCGUCUCAGGUCAGCGACCCGGGGACGUUCUCGUUCAGACAAAUUCCAAACAGCCACCCGAACCAUUUUCAGACGAGGGCGGUGAACCAGCCCGUCCCAGACCAAAGCUCAGAGAGACAAUUAAAUCAGGUGUUUAACUUCCAGGGCAACCAGUGGAGCCCCCCGGUGUCCAACCCCAACCCAGCGGACAGCUUUGUAGAGACAUUCGCCCCAAAUAUUUCAAACCAGAAGCCGGGUUUUCCUGCCGAUCCGAGCUCGUCCAGCUGCUUGCAGGGUCACUUCUCUCUGCAGAGACAGUCCUGGUCUCUGGAGCCUCAGCAGCAGCAGCAGCAGCAGCAGCUCAUCACCCCCGGCCACCAGCAGAUGUCCCCCUGCCUCAACCCCAUAGGAGGGUUUCAAAGCAGGCCGUCGACGUUCAGGACUCCCAUGUCCGCCGGCGCUCCGGUCCCCGUCCAUCAGGACGUCCAGCAUCCGCCUCCUUCUAGAAGCUGCAUGUACAGAAACGCAGCCCCGGCAUCGGCGCCUCUCAACGGGAUUCACCACAACCAGGCCAGAAUAAACAACACCCCCAACCCCGUCCCCUCCAAGUCCGCCUGCUUCUACCAAACUCUGCCUGGAGGCGGUUCAGUACCUGACGACGCGGCGCUGUCCUGCCAACUGGCUGCCGGUCUGAACUCCAACGGGCUCCUGGUUCAACCGCAGCCGUAUCUGACCUUCAGCGAACAGACGCAGAUCAACAACCAUCCAGUGGUCGGAAACGGAGGCUUCUCCUUCUCCUCGCUGCCCAACGGGAACACAUGCUACUCAGAGAACAAAUAGGAAACAGCCGCUGUGACGUCUGGACGACGGAGGGAAAGAAACUAAAGACUCCUGUCUCUAGAAAAUGAAAGUGGAGCGGACUGAAGAGCAGGAAUGUGUUUGGGAAAGAAAAUCACCAGGAGGCGAAAGAAAAACAGGACGAUUCUCCUCUGGAUUUAUAAGCGCCGACGAUGGAAGCUGGAGGUUUGGUCUCAGCGGGACAUUUGGACGUCAGUCAAAGGAAUUCCUCUCUCGGAGCUGGUUGGAUUGUACCAAAAAAAAAAAACAAAAAAACAACAACAAAAAAAAAUAUCUUUGUGUAAAACUGUCAUGAUGAUGGCAGCGAUCAAACAGCUUCGUCCCUUUUUUUUCUCAACAGCUUGAUCAAUGGAAAAAGAUUCAUUGUCUUUACUUGCUUUUAAUUUCAGAACAUUAAUUAGAAAGAGUAGAGGGAUCAAUUAAUCAGUUAAUCAGUCGGGUUCUUGCUCUUCCUGUUUUCUCCAUCAUGAACGAUGAUUACAGGCUACUGCCACCUGCUGGCGUGAACUCGUCGCUGGCUUUAGUCUCUGUGGUGCGUUCAAGUGCUUCAUUUUGAUGCGGCCAGGCAAAACGAAGAAAAACUACAACGACCGACUGUUUGGUUUGGUCAUAUUCCUCCAUCAUCCUCCUCAUCUUUUUAUUUUUUUAUUUUUUUUUUGGCCCUAACCACAAACAAAACAAACACGCCGGCUCUGAGAAGUGAGCUGAGAGGAAUCUACUCUGAAAAACGCUCAGAAGGAUGAAAUAAAUCCCCUGGAUUAGGUUCACGUCAACUCUUCGCUGUCCCACUGAGGCAGACAUUGUAUAAAAAAAAAAAAAAGAAAAAGAUUUAACAUAAAUAAAUAAAUAAAACGCACAACAAGAGCCACAGCCUCAUCCUACUAACAGAUGAGUUUGUGGGAUUCAGUGAAAACAGCUGCUUGUUUAUAUAUUUUAAAGCUUUGUCACUGAGCCAGGUUUGUCUUUCUCUUCUGUGUUUGUUAGGAGACGGUGCCUUAAACCGACAGAAACCUUAAAGGGACAAUCGACUGCAACUUAAAAAACCAAAGCUCAACCUUAUCGUCACCAAGCCAUUAUUAUUGUUAUUUUUUUAUUUUUUUUAUUUUUUUGCACUUGUUCUUUAAAGUCUUUGACUCACCAAAGAUUCCCACAUUACACCACAUCAACAGAUAUUGGAACGUCAACAGUAUAUUUAUGCUUCAGACUCAAAGCUGAGCGUUGCCUUCAGGAUUUUAUUUUACAUUUUAACAUUCAAAUCGACGAGGAUGUUUAUCAGUAACUUCCGUCCUCCUCUUCUUUCCUGUUCCUGUCCUAGUUAUCGACGUUUCUUGCUCGGCCCGUCCGCCAGCGAAACGCAGAAGUAAAACAAGUUAAAGGCAGCUAUUGUAUAUUUUAAAAGAGGAAUAAAUAAUGAAAUAAUGGGGGUUGUGUGUGUGUGUGUGUGUGUGGGGGGGGUCAUGUUUAAGUGCCUUUUUAAUUGACCGUCUGUUAAAACGAAGCAGCACUUGAAAAGAAAGCAGUCGCUUCAGCCCCGAACUGAGCCGUCACGUCGGAUCCUUGUCCAAAUAAUCAGCACUUCUGUACUUUUUAAAAAAAUCUUUUUCUUACCGAGCAACACAUUUUGAAUACUUGACUUAAAUACCAAAAAAACAAAUCUCAUUAAAAGCCAUCUGUCAAGGAUACCAAAGGGACGAACCAGAACUCAGACCUGCUGUCUGCUUCCUCGUGGACGUUUCUGUGAGUUUUAUGGAAAUGGAGCCAAAUUUGUACAAAUUAAAAAAGCAGGAAACAGACCAGAAUGAUUGUAGUUGCCAAUUUAACUAAUUAUUCACAGACGAGUUUCUGUGGGACGUGUCCGAUUCUGACUUGUAAAUAUUUUUCACGUCGACGUCCAGAUUCUGUCCUGUAAAGUUUCUGAAUGACGUUAACAUCAUUUAGCCUCAAAUUAUUCAAAAAGUGUGAGUUUUUGUAGUCAAAGCUCAGCUCGGAUGUUGACUAGAAGGAUAUUCAUUGGCCAGAAAUUGACACUACCACAAAGAGGCAUUCUGGGUAAUGUAGUAAAUCACUAUGUUGUGUUUUACUCUUGCUUUAGCUAUUUUUUCACAACAAUUACGAGUAAAAAAAGGCUAAUAAUCGGCCUUUGGUCUUUGUUGUAAAUAAAAGAUAAUUAAAAACAGGGUAAUUUAUUGCAUUUUAAAUGACAAAGCUUCAGAUAACGAAUCGUCUAAACCGAGCUACAGCUCAGUCACAAAUAAAACCAAAAGUAUGGAUGGAGACUCAGUAGAAAAUGAAGCGUUUUCUAAUGGUUUUUCGCAGUACUUCUUCUUCUUCUUCUUCUUCUUCUUCUGCCUUUUUAAAUCUGUUCUCAGUCAGCCUUAACAAAGUAUUCUCCACUUAAAGAAUAUAAAUGUUGCUUGCUCCUCAAUUUAAAAAAAGAAAAAAGCCUUAUUAUACUUUUAUUUUUAACCCCCCGAGGAGACCAAGGCUCCUAAAUGCAGUAUCUUUGUGUAACUGUAUAUAAAUAUAUAUAUUUGUCUUUUUCAUCAUACAUAUUGUCAUAUAUUAUGUAUUUUAAUAUUGCUUUAACCUGACUCACACCUAUCUGUUUUUGUACAUUUUCUGCACAGCAUACACAUUUAUAAUCCCUUGUAAUGAGAUUGUUUUUUUUUUCUUUAUUUUUUUUUUGUAGCUUUUAAACGUUACUAUAUCUUGUGGAUUUGUUUCAAAAAUAUUUUGCCUUUAACUGUGUAUGAGUGUUUCUGUCAAUCUUUACAUGCUCACCGUAAUAAACCGGCGAUCUGAUCACUGGA